CCGUACAGCACGGACCACCAGGCGGCGCUGCAGCCCCCGAGAGGCGGGGCUUGCUGGGCGCGAUGGGCGGGGCUCCCCGGCAGGGCGGGUGAAGGGGCGGGCCGUUUGGGGGCGCGGUCUGGGGGCGUGUCCAUGUGAGGUGGGCGGGGCCUGAUGGGGCAGGCUCGUCUUGGGGCGUGUCUGUGAAUGGUAUGGGCGUGGUCAGUAUGGGGCGUGGUCAGUGGGCGGGGCGUGGCCGGCCCGGCAGUUCCGGGCUCCGCGCACGCGGGUCGGGGCGGCGGCGAUCGGGGACCGGCACCGGGAUCGGGAUCGGCACCGGGACAGCGCAGCGAUGCAGCCGCCGCCGCGCAAGGUGAAGCUCACCCAGGAGCUGCGGGUCCAUCUCCUGGAGCAGCUGUCGGGCCUGCAGAGCAAACAGCAGCGGGACGCCGAGCUGCUGGAGGACAUCAGGGGCGUGGCCGCUGUCUGGAAAGGCGUCAUCGAGGGGACAGCGCACGCCGGGCAGGUCCGUGUCACCGCCUCCGAGAGCUACCGCGCCCUGGCCGCCGAGGCCGCCCGCAGCGCCCGCCUCUCCAAGGAGAGGACGCUCAAGAAGGGCAUCGAGCGGCUGCAGAAGGCGCAGGUGGAGCUGCUGGAGACGGUGAAGGAGCUGGACAAGGCAAAGAAGCAGUUCAGCCACCUGCGGCGCAGCAGCGAGGUGGCCAAGGACAAGGCGGCCGAUGUGGAGGCGCGGUGAGUGGGGGACACGAGGCCGGGGGGCUGCUGUGGCUGUGGGGUGCUCUCACACCCCCUCCCAUCCUCCUCAGCCUCCGCAAGAGCGACCGGCGGAUAUUUCACACCAAGGCCAGCCUGCAAAAGCUCAGUGCCAAGUUCUCAGCGCGACUGGCCGAGCACUCGAGGCAGCUGGCGGGCGUGCAGAAUGAGUACAGCUUUGCCCUGGUGUCUGCCUCUGCCCACCUGGAGCAUUACCAGCGUGUGGAGCUGCCCGCAGCCAUGCAGGCUCUGGACGGGGACCUCUACGAGCGGCUCCGGGAGCACUUGUCGGCCGCCAGCCGGACGGAGGUGGAGACCUGCCGGGCCACCCGGGACUGGUUCCAGGGCGUUGUGGAGGCAUCCGCACGGGUGUGCCGGGAGCAGGACCUGCUCCUCUUCCUGCAGGACCACCCCGCCUUCUCCCUGGCGCCCGAGCAGCGCUUCCAGCUCACUGGGGUGGAGGAGGUAAGCGGAGCGGGUCAUUACAGCAAGGUGGGGUCUGCACAGCCAGCCCCUUGUCACCGCCGUGUCCUUGCCCAGGUGUGCCUGCUGCCACCAGCAGACGAUGGGGCCAGCCUGGAGAAGGAGGCGCGGCGCUGGGCCACGCGGGUGGCCCGAGAGCACAAGAACAGGGCACACAGCGAGGAGGUGCUGCAGCGGCUGGAGGCCAGGCGGCAGCAGGGGCUGGAGGCGGAAGUGGCGGCCGUGGAGCGGCAGAUGGAGGAAGUGAGGGAAAACAUCCGCAAGGCAGAGGUGAGCCGAGUGAAGGCUGAGGCACGGCUGGCACUGCUGCGGGCGGCAGGGCUGGACGUGGACGCCUGGCUGGCUGGGGCCAUGGUGGGGACAGGAGAGGAGACCCCCGCAGGGCUGGACCCGGCCGAGUUUGAUGACUAUGAGGACAGUGAUGAGCCAGAUGAGGACGAUGAGCCUGGGCCUGCUGCCCGCACCUACCCCUACACCUGCCGGGUGAUCUUUGGCUACCAGGGCUGCCAGGCGGACGAGCUGUCCAUCAGCCAGGGCGAGGAGCUGGAGAUCAUCGAGGAUGGGGAUGCAGAGGAGUGGGUGAAGGCUCGGAACAAGGCUGGGCAGGUUGGCUACGUCCCUGAAAAGUACCUGCUGUCCCUGGGGUGUGACUCGGGUGCUGGGCUGGGCCCCCCAGGCCCCUCUGCCUUGCACCGCCAGCUCUCCAGCAUCAUGGCUGCAGAACUGGUGCUGGAGCCUGGAGCCUGGCUGGUGCGAGCCCUGUAUGACUACGAGGGGCAGAGCCCUGAGGAGCUGAGUUUCCCUGAGGGAGCCAUCAUCCGGGUGCUGCCCCGCGCCGCUGGCGAGGUGGACGAUGGCUUCUGGACCGGCGACUUCGACGGCCGCAUCGGCGUCUUCCCCUCCCUGGUGGUGGAGGAGCUCACCGGGGCCCGGGAGGCAGCCGGGCAGGAGCUGCCAUCACCAUCCCCUCCGCCCUUCUCCCCUCCUGGCCUUGCACCCGGGGCCAGCCUGGUCCCCAGCCCUGCUCCUGAGACAGCUCUGGGAGGUUGCCGACAGGAUGGCACGGGCAGCGGGCAGAGUUCUCCAGACCUGGCAGCCACACGCCUGCGGCCGCUCCGUGCGCCACCCCCGCCGCCCGGCAGAGCCCCCGAGCCCGACCCCGAGCUUCACUUCAGCUGACCCUGUGGGUGCCCCCAGCCCCCCUCCCCCAAAAAGCUUUGCCCGAGCAAACCACCACAGGCUGCUG